UCAGCUUCACAUUGUGCUGCAAUUAGUUGUCUGCUUCUUCUCCUAAUGAUUAUGGCAACGGUUGUCUCUGAACCUGCUUGUGCAAGAACAGCUCAUGAUAUUGCAUCUUAUUUCGACUCAAAUUUGCAGUCAUUUCUAAUGAGGAAGAAGCCACAUGUUCAGUUGCUUCGAUUUUCUUCCAGAAUUAGAGCUUGUCAUCCCAUUGCUAACAAUAAGGAUGCAUACAAACAAGUGGGUUUAUUUUCGCUACGAAGGAAAAUUGAAGAUGCAGUUCUUCGUGCUGAGAUGUUUGCCUCAACAGCCUUGGAAAUGGAAGAAGCAAAGUGGACCAAGCAGGAAGAAAUGAUACGCGAUUUUGAUCUUUGGGAUGAUCCAGCUAAGUCCAACGACAUUCUUGUCAAGUUGGCUACCAGUGCCAAAGUGGUUGAUUCUCUUAAGGACUUGAGAUACAAGGUUGAGGAAGCAAAGCUGAUCACGCAAUUGGUUGAGAUGAAUGCUAUUGAUUAUGGGCUUUAUAAACAAGCAUAUGAUGCAUCUUUGGAUGUGAGUAAGAUUCUGGAUCAGUAUGAGAUGUCUAAGCUUCUUAAGGGGCCAUUUGAUCUGGCGGGAGCUUGUUUGGUUAUAAAAUCUGGACCUAGAGGCAUCUAUCCAAAGCUCUGGGCAGAACAGCUCCAAAGCAUGUAUCUUAAAUGGGCCAAAAAACAAGGUUAUGAAGGAAGAAUUGUUGACAGGUGUCUGUUCAAGAAUGGAGGAAUCAAUUCAGCAACUAUAGAGCUUGAAUUUGAGUGUGCUUAUGGAUAUCUUUCUGGGGAAAAAGGAGUUCACUACCUGAUAAGGGGUUCUCUGGAUGAAUCUUCUCAGCUUGAGGUGAGCGCAGCAAUUGUAGAUGUUGUUCCCAUGUUCCUAGAGAAUGCUUGUGAUCUAGAAAUUGAUUCCGAGGAUUUGAUUAUCUCAUCUUCCUUGAUUCAUGGAGAACAGAAGAGACAAACUGAGCUUGCAGUUUGCAUUCAGCAUCUACCUACUUGCAUAAGUGUCCAAUCCUCUGGUGAGAGGAGCCACUUUGCAAAUAAGAUGAAAGCACUAAACAGAUUGAAAGCUAAACUUCAGGUGAUAGCAUGGGAACAAGGAGUUGCAAGUAUAAAUAGUAUAAGGAAGGAUGACAUUGUCAAUCUGUGGCAAGAAGAAACUAGGAGGUAUGUCACUCAUCCAUACAAGUUAGUACAUGAUGUAAAGACAGGCAUUGAGGUGCCAGACCUAAAUUCUGUUUUGGAUGGGAAUAUUGGACCCCUUAUUGCAGCUCAUAUUAAUUCAAGGGUCAUGUCAUAAGGUCUAAAUCCAUGUUUCCUGUCCCCUCUUAAUCUUAUCCUAUGAUUAUUUAGCAUGAUAGACUUCAUAGUUUCAAUUUUUCAAUCCUGCAAAAUUUCAGGAUUUACUUCAAUUCCAUCGUGCUGAGGGAAAAAAAAAAAAAGUACGACACACAUAGAGUAGCAAUUCAUCCAAUUUGGCCUGUAUUGACAUAUUUGUUGAUGAGUUAAAUGUCAACAGCAUUAUUCUCUAAAAAAU